UGUCUGUAUCACAUGCAGCACAAUGGGGCUCUGAUUCUGAGUGGGGGACUGCGAGUAUCACUGCAAUACACAUAAUAAUCUGAGAAUAUGACUGGCUGCCUUGAUCAUAUAUCCAGGGCUUCCAUCAACAGACCCCAGAGCUGGCCUGGAGUAAUCCUGUUGCCCUCUCAGGAGAGGGCUGACGGGUUUCAGUGCUUCAGUUCUGAGUUUCAAAGGAAUAAACUGUCCCAGAAGCUGAGCUGGAUCCUCUGCACCUUUAUGAUAAGCUGCAUUGCCCAGUUUAGUUCUGCUUCCCAGGACCAAACAGAUGGCUGGCUAGUCUGUCAGAUGCAGUGGUCACACCUGGCUGUGACACAAGCAAGUUUAUCGUGCAACAAACUUUCUUUUCCUUGGGACAGGCCCUUGUCAUCAAAGCCAUUCUCCCCUGGAGUUAAUAUGGUCAGCGUGGGAAUUGGCACAAGGCCAUGCCUAGCAAGAGGAGCCAGCUCAGGAUUGAGAUCUGACACUGAGACCGAUGAGACCAUCCUGCAGAGGAGACAGAAGCAGAUAGACUAUGGGAAGAAUACUAUUGGUUACCAGCACUUCCUACAACAGGUCCCCAAGGCUGCUCGGCAGUCAGGGAUUCACCCCCGAACUCCAAAUAAGUACAAGAAAUAUAGCCGCCGCUCCUGGGACAUGCAAGUCAAGCUGUGGAGACGGGCAUUGCAUGCCUGGGACCCGCCCACCCAGCAUCCUCUCAUGUGUGGACAAGGACUUCCAAGGCAGGAGCUGGUGAGUCUCUCAGGAAUGACGGAGACAAACUCUUUAUGCGGCUUCUCAGAAGACUGGCCUGGUGCCCUGAGGCCUCUUGAAAAUCUGCCAGGAGAAUCACUGGGCGGACAGUUUGCUGGCCUGUCAUCUCCUGGCUGCUCCUCUCCAUGGCUGCCCCAGAUCCACUCCAACUUGCUGCCCUUCCUAGGAAACGCGCACACCUGCCCAUACUGCUCCUGGAUGGGGCUAUGAGGAGAGUCCAGAGCAUUUUCUGCCUCUGAAACAACAGCAUUUGGGGAGUGGGAAGAGCUCAGGCAUCAAGUUUCAUACAAGCCCAGCUGCUAGGAUCUCCUGAGCUCAUGGAGGACAUGGGAUUAUCCUGAA